AUGGCGUCCGGUUUUUAGUGUGUGCGAAGGUGAAUUGUUUUCAUGAUAUUGGAAAAUCUAAACAGUUUUAUGUAGAUUUUCGUAGAUAAAUGUUAUGUUAAUGAUAAAUGAAAUGUGUUAUUGUACUAGAAAAACUUAUGAGUGUGACAAUCACUUGAAACUAUGUGCGUGUCGAUGUCGCUGACUUUCGUGUGUAGCGUCGUUGUCUUGUGCCGCCUGUAACAUUGAAUUGAUUAAAUCAAUUCGGAAUAAAAUCUUGGAAGAAAUUGAUUUUUCUCGCCCUAUUCCGAUCAUUAUAAUAAUGAAUAUACUCUAGUAUUAUCGUUUUGUCGGCGUUUUUAUUGAUGAGUGCGUUGUGCGUUAGUAGUUGUGAAAGUGUACAUACAUGCUCAUAAUGUUGAAACUGUCAUGAGUGUUCAUGUUUACCAUCAAAUAGUGGAUUUGUGUUAGUGGGUUUUUUUUUCGAUGUUUAUUUAGAAUAUAGGCAGUGAAAAUGUGUAUGCCAACGCCGAGCAAUGUCUCGGGCUUCGGGUAUUCAUGGGGCUUUGCAAGCUCCGCGGACCCUACCAAAGGCGAGGUGGAUACGCCUAGCAGUUUAAGUUACACCAUCGGAAAUAGUGUGUCUCCUGAGACAACUAUGACGGUAAUGUCCCACAAAACGCCACAAGUACAAGAGAAAGUGGGCAAUGUCACCGUGGCCUCGGUGUCUAAUACGGCAGCUCAGGUUACGCGUGUUGUGACCACUGGGACUCCAGUGCAAGGCCGGAGAGCCAUGUUUGUGUUCAAUGAUACACCUGUGCAUACCAUAAACAGGGUGUCACAACAGAACCAGACUGCCACAAUACAUACUGCGAACAUUGGCACAAAAACAAUCAUGACACCACUAGGUCCUCUUCAGUUGACUGCAGAAGAAUGCAACGAGAUCCUGAUGAAGCGGGCUCUUCAGGCUCAAGGGAUCUCCACUCCGUCUGUUAUAGAUGCAUCCCAGUUGAACCAUACAUUGUUGAAUGGUACUAUAAAGACUAUCAAUGAGGCGCCUGCUCAACAAACAGAGGCGAUACAGACGAACACAAUUCAACAGCACCACCUCUUACAUACUAAACAAGAACCGGGAACUACCAAUAAUUCUCCUAAGACUGUGUAUUCACAAACAGAGCUGAUGAACACCAACACGGUGAUGACCACGGUGGCCCCCGCGGCACCCAAGGAACGGCCAUAUUCUUGUGAUGAAUGUGGCAAGUCUUUUCUGUUGAAACACCAUCUCACAACUCAUGCAAGAGUUCAUACAGGAGAGAGGCCUCACGUGUGCGUACAUUGCGGCAAGGCAUUCGCCAGGAAGCACUGUCUCAAUACACAUCUGUUGCUGCACUCCGCCGACCGGCCGUACCGCUGUCACGAAUGCAAGAUGGCGUUCACGCUGAAACAUCAUCUGGUUACACAUUCACGGGUCCACAGCAGAGAACGUCCGUUCGUGUGCGGCGAGUGUGGUCGGGGGUUUCCCUUGAAGCGACAUCUGGUGACGCACAGCAAGUACCACGCGGGGGAAAGGCCUUAUGUCUGCGGGGAUUGUGGCGAGAGCUUUGCGCAGAAGGAGCACCUGGUGAUGCACAGCCGCUUCCACGGCUCGCUGUCGCCGUUCGUGUGCGGCGACUGCGGGCUGGCGUUCGCGCGCAAGUUCCAGCUCGUGAACCACGGCCGCGUGCACGGCCGCGUGCCGCACGCCUGCCCCGUCUGCGGCAAGGAGUUCCUGCAGAAGCGCACGCUGGUGGCGCACAUGAAGAUUCACACAGGCGAAGGCGUAGUAGCUUGCUUAGAAUGCGGGGAAGCCUUCAAAUGUAAAGAAGAGUUGACACAACACUGCAAACUCACGAGGCAUUGUCUCACCACGGCGACAGCGCAACAAACACAGCAACAACAACAACAGCAACAACAACAACAGGCGCAACAACAGGCGCAACAACAAGCCCAACAACAGGCUCAGCAGCAGGCACAACAACAAGCUCAGCAACAGGCGCAACAACAGGCACAACAACAAGCACAACAACAAGCGCAACAACAAGCGCAACAACAGGCGCAACAACAACAACAACAACAGACUGUGAUAAAACAGGACGAUUUCAAGCCGCAAAUCGUACAGGUCAUUGGUGCCGACGGCCAAAUAGUGAGUGAAGCGAAAUCGUCUCCGCAAUAUGUGUGUCCGGAGUGCGGUUCUUGUUUCAACACGAAGGAGGCGCUGUCGCUGCACGUGCGGCUGCACGCGGGCGACCGCACGUGCGUCACGGACCUGUGCGCGCUCACGGCCGCGCUGCAGCCCGGCCUCGUCGCGCCGCUCAAUCAACCCAUCCAUACAAUACUAUCAUCGAAUCCUAGUAGUGUUGUACAUACGCAAGUUAUAGCUACGAAUAUAGCGCAACCCCGGCCUAAGAUACACUUCUGCGUGGACUGCGGUAAAGGGUUCGCGGCGAAACAUGGACUACAGGCACAUCAAAGGAGACACCCGGACGGUAGCUGUACGCUGAGGACGCACGUGUGCAACCAGUGCGGGAAGGCGUUCUUCCAGAAGAACCACCUCAUGCUGCAUCAGAGACAACACAUGGAUUUACCGCCUAGAAAUACGCAAGCGCAACAGCAAGCGAACCAACAGGCGCAACAGCAGGCCCAACAGGCGGCGCAACAAGUCGUGCAACAAGUUCAGCAACAAGUACAACAGCAGGUGCAACAGGUCCAGCAUCAGGUGCAUCAGAACAGGCUCGAGUUGCAGGAGGAACAGCAGCCUACGCAUAUACAAGUGGUAACAAACAGAUCAGGGCAAGUGAUCGGCAACCAGAUAGUGGUGGGCGGCGUGGGCGGCGUGGGCAGCGUGGGCGGCGUGGGCCGCCGGCUGGUGGCGCCGCAGCUGCACAUCAUCGGCCGCGACGGGAAGGCCAUAGCCCAUCUCGCGCACAACAAGCACAACAGACAUACAAAUAGCAGUGACGUGAAAGAAGUAACAAGCGGCCUGGUCCUCUCAACGGGACGAGGCACAGAGCUGAUCAAGUAUGAGAUCUCCAUCCCCCCGCCCACGUCAGUGGUGCAAGUGCAGCAGUUGGACUGAAUAAAGCGGGAGUUUGGUGAGGAAUACUCCUGACGAAACUGCCAAUGGGAUCCUAGUGAAGUGAACCAGAAUGUUAAUUAAGUGCUUUGGAAAUAGUGGUAUAAUUGUGACAACUAUAAUUAUGAUAAAUAGUGUUGCGCGUUAGGAACAGUGGCAAUAUUGUCCGGGCUGAUGAAGAAAUAAUCAAACAAGGUAUAGUUAACAGUGAUUGUAAGUGUAACAAGUUGUAAUGAUAAGACAGAGUGAAAACCAGUGGUUGGCUGUUCAAGUUAAGAGGAUGAGCAAUUCCAAGCCUUUGUAGCUUAUAUAGAAUUUGUAACUGAAAUGUCGGAAUAACUGACACUUUCACACACAAUGUUUUGUUUUCAAUUUAAUUCUUUUAUUAUCACGUCUAUAAUAUGAUAUUGCAUUGACAGCGUUUUGACUGUGUAAAAUGUGCAUUCUCUGUACACAAGCAUGACCAUAUAAUAAAUAAUACCAGUCCGUAUUUUACAUCAACAUAAUAUCACAGUGAAAAACAUUAACUUUGUAAAUGAAAUGUGACAAAACUAACGUAAUAAUUACACAAAACAUUGCUAGCUAUAGUUCUGGAAACCUUGCAACGAUUAAAAAGUAGUGAUUUAAAUGUGAAAUAGUUUUUAUAGAUGUGGUCUUCCUAUGAAUUUGUAUAGCGCACUUUUUAGUGCAAUAAAACAAUGCAGUAUUUGUUUAAUGAAAUUCAAUGCAGUGUCAUAGUUCGUCGGUAUGGGGUUAAGUUAUAGAAAGCAAUUUGAUGGAUAACAUGAAUUUGAUGUUGAUGGCAUUGGAAAGUUUAUGUUGUUAUUUUUCAUAAACCGCAUCGAAAAUGUUGUUUUAUAGACUGCAUUAUCAAUAGACAAACUAUUUAACAUAUUUUGAAGUGAUUCCACAUUUUCAGAGUCUGACAGGGUCGCUUUGUACUAUUGUUUAUUUGAGUCUUAGGGGAUGUAAAUAAAAUAACUGUUGAGAUGAUAACUUCACAUACUUAUUAAAAUCUGAAUAAGUGAAAGUUAUAGUGCGGUUCAAGAUGUUAUUACGAGAGAAGGUGCCUGACUUGGUAAAGACUAAGCAUGGAUUUAUUGCACUUCAAAAAUUCAAUUAUUAUACCAUAGUUUAUAGCAAAACCUGAUAGCCUUGUUUUUUAUUUGUCUAUUGAAUUUGAGUUAACUACACACUAUUGUGUAUUUAUAAAAUGAAUUACUCUUAACUUCAUGUUAUCUGGCAUAUAUUAAGCUAUACUGCCAUAGCAAUUGUAGAUCUACUUAAUUCACGAUGGCAAUAAUCAGAUUUAUAUACAGUCAGUGUUGUAUUAUACUUAAACAGAGUGUUCUAAAAUUUAGAACAUUGUAGGGACGUUGUAAAAAGACAGAAUACCAUGGUUUCUUGUAAAUUAGAAUAGAUUUAAGGGUAGUGUAGUUAUUAGAGUAGCGUACUUGUACAUAUCAAACGUUUUUUAAUGGCGCCGAUUGCGAUUUUUGUAAUUAAAAUGAAAAAUGUACAAUCUCACUGUAUGUAACGCAUUUAGUUUUCUUUUUAAACAUAUUUUUAAAGGCCUCGUCGAAUAAGAUUCAUUUAAGUACAUAAAUAUAUUAUUUUGCGUUUUUUUUUUAAUGAGAAAUGGCAAGUGAUUGUGUGCAAUUCAAAUUCGAAAUCAAAUUAUGUUAGAUCUGAAUUUUCAUGAUAUUUAUGUAGUAUUUUUGUGUGAUCAAUUUGUCAGCUUUUUAUAACAUUAAAAAUUAGGGUCUAGUGGUGUGUUUUUUUUCCAUAUAGAUUUCAGUGUAAACUAUAUUAGAUUGGACAAUUAAUAUGCGUUUUCCGUCAUUAAUAAAACGUAUUUUUUUGUUUUAAAUUUUAUUUACCAUUUUUUUUUAAAUUUUGGUAUAAGAAUGUUUUAGAAAAUUUAUGUACAUUGUCUUAAUUUCAAUAGGAUGCAUACCACUAGGUUUGUCUGUAGUCUAUGGUUCAAAAGUACGACUUUGGAAUUUGUUGUGUAUCUAGUCUGUGAUAGGGAUGUCUAUAUCUGUCUGGGUUUUGUCUAAAGGGAUCUGGCGGUAAACAUUGUCUAAGAUUCAAAUUAUAUAUUUGUGUGUGUCUUGUAUGUUGUUAAGUGGCGGCGUGACUCGAUCAUUUGAAGAAUGGUUGACACUAGCUUAUUUUAUUGGUCUUUAUGCAAACAACGUAAGUGUGAAAAAGAAAGAAAUAUUUUUUGUCUUUCAAACGUUCUCAUUAUUGUAGUUAAGAAGUGAAAUUAUUGCUAGGUCUGUGUUUCAAAUGAUCGAGUUACAUGUUUGCGGAAAAUAUGUUGGCUUGUUUUAGUCUUCCAUUCAACGAAAUAUUGAAAAUGUAUUAUAUUGAGGUUAAUAAAUUUUGUACAAUUGUUUAAUGUAAAUCAAUCAAAUUCUUAUAACAUUUUGCUAGCAUAUGGAGUGAGGCCCUUGGCUUUGUUUGUACAGUGGCCUACUUGUAAAUUAUAUGGAAUGAAACAGGUGUAGUAUCUAUCCAAUGAAUGAAUUGUUAACAGGUAUUGUUUAAUUCAAUGGUGAAUUUACCUAUCCUUUUUCAAAUAUCUAAGCACGUUAUUAGCUCCUUCGUAUUGAAGGAACUGUACGCAUAUGUAUAUUUUACUAUGUAGCCCAUUGUACAUAUAAGGUUCUUUCUCUGACUGCAGACUAAUGACUUUAUCGUGAUGUGACAUCACUUCAGGUUGUUCGUACUUGUAACAAAAUCAUGGUUACAAUAUGAAACAAUAGACAACUGUUUUUUUUAAUAACAAAACAUGGUAUUAUAUUGGUUCCUAUUGGUUCCUCAUUUAUAAUCAUUCUAUAUGAAGUCGGUUUCCUCAAUCUGUGCAAGAAAAAAAAAUAAUUCUGUUGAAUAACAGGUACUCGUAUCAAAACAAAUUUUCUAAAUUAUACUAUUCAGAUAUGGUUACUAUGAAUUUGGGCUUAUAAUGUUUCUAUCGAAAUCUGAAAGUGAUAUAGCUAUAAAGACGGAUAAUGGAGGAACUUAUAGUUUUCAUACUAAUAUAAAAAUGUUUAUUUUUGUCCAUCUUUUAUAUCCAAACCGCUGAAUCGUUCUACAUGAAAUUGCAUACAUAAAGUGUAGAGUACUUUUCACGAAAACUGAUGCGAAACGUUGGCCAUCUUACAAUUUAAAGGUUGAUAGUAAGCCAUAAUUUUUUUUGUCAUCAUCUCAAGUUUGCCUUACAUGGAGGAAAUAUAUGUUUUUAAGGAAUGUACCACGACACGCAUGUUGUUCUUUUAUUGCAUAAGACGGCCUCUGUGGCGCAGCGGCAGUACGCUUGUCUGUGAGACCAGAGGUCCCGGGUUCGAAUCCCGGUCAGGGCAUGAUGAGAAAAGAACUUUUUCUGAUUGGCCUGGGUCUUGGAUGUUUAUGUAUAUAAGUAUUUAUUGUAAAAUAUAGUAUCGUUGAGUUAGUAUCUCGUAACACAAGUCUCGAACUUACUUCGAGGCUAACUCAAUCUGUGUAAUUUGUCCCGUAUAUAUUUAUUUAUUUAUUUAUAUUUUAAGACAUAGUUUAUAAAUAUUUGCGAAAUUGUAACAAAAGUCAAUUUAAAUUCGAAAUGUGAUUUUGAAACCGAUAGUUAAGGAUGUUUCUAUCAACCUUCCUCCCGGAUAGAAUAGAUUACCUCACAAGCUGCGCAAACGAUGAACGAUGUAUAUUUUACUUCUUUGUCGCUCAUAAGCAACUGCCAACUGGCUACAUUGAUAAUAUUCCCAUCACAGAGCACGUAUAAUGUCGCUUUGGCUUCUUUUUUGUUCUUUGUGAUUUACAUUUUUAAAAUUAAGUUCAUCCGUUUAAACGUAAAUGACGUUUAAUGUACAGAAUUAUAAAUUAGUUUGUCAUUAGAACUAAGCAUGUUUUGCCCAAGAUAUUUUUCUACCAGAUUAUAUUUCAAUUGUAUGAAAACUUAACAAAACCUAGUAAAAACUGAUAAACAUAUCACAUUAGUUGCCUCCCGAGAUAGGUGACUAAAUCACUCACCUAAUUUAAAAAAAUACAAAUAAUCACCUCCUUGCUAAUUUAUCUAUGGUACAUAUUUUAUGUAAGUUUAUUAUUUGGUAUUAACAUUAUGUAUUUUAUAAUAUUUAUGUAUGUUUAUAAAUAGUUGUAUGUGUGCAGUACACGCCUGUCACCCUUUCCAUCAUGUCUCCUAUCUCGGGGUCUACUGGAAGAGAUUUCUUUUGAAAUAAGCAAAACCUAUGUAAUUAUAUUUCUUAUGUUUAUCAUUUUCGAUGUUUUCUGUGUACAUGAAUUAGUAAAUAAAUAAAAUAAAUAUAUUAUUUGGCAGUUGCUUUUGUAUGACCCUAGUUCGUUUGCUCAGCGUUUACUUAAUAAGUUUCAAAAUAGACAGUAUUAAUUAGAAUUUUCCACAGUAUAGUAUAUUGAGAUUGGUAGGUCCAUUUUAUUGUUAUCUUUUGACCUUCGUUGGAUCUUGACAAGUUGUUUGCCAUUUAUUUACUUGUACAUAUAUAUAUAGUUGAUAUCUAUAAUUUUUUAUAUUAAAUGAAAAUAUACAUGCUAUAAUCAG